GCCCAGCUGCGCACUGCGCAUGCGCGAGUCGGCUGAUAGCUGUUGGAGAAUCGCGGCCCGUCGCCCCACGAAAGGCGGCUGCAUGGGAUGCGGCAUAGAAAAAACGACUCGCAGAUGCGUGCAAACUUCCUCGACAGUUUGUAAGUACGGCGUACCGCAUGCUACUGCACAACCCCGACCCCACAGUUCUCCACCCUGCCUGCUCUCGUUUGGAUCAGUGCACGAAAUUCUUUGGGCACCGACGGCAAACACCGUGGAAAACAACUCAACAAGUUGACCGCACGCAGCAUUCCUGUCCCUGGCACUCCGCUCGAAACAACGGAAUGGUUCAGGCCUGAUGGCACCUGCCCAAGCAAAAGUUGAAGAUGCAGAGGAAGAGAAAAAAGCGGAGUUCUUCUGCCGCAUGUGCCACAAGAGUUUCGGCAGGAGGUACCACCUGGAGCGGCACCUCAUCAACACUCCCUGCUCGGGGAAGCCCCCUGGCCGCUUUCCCUGUGACACUUGUGGCAAGGUCUUCCCCACCGAGGCGAAGCUGCAGAGCCACACGAGAAAUCACACCGAAGACCAGGAGGGAGUGAAGCGGUUUGCCUGUAGCCAGUGCGGGCGCCGCUUCUGGAACCGCUCCCUGCUGCGCAUCCACUCGAGGCACCACUCAGGCGAGCGGCCCUUCCUCUGCCCCGAGUGCCCCAAGGGCUUUGUGUCCCUGGGGUCCCUGAACAAGCACAGGCUCUGCCAUGCCAAGGAGAGGCCCCACGCCUGCCCACACUGCCCGGCCAGGUUUACUCUGAAGGGUACGCUAAACCGGCACCUGCCAAUCCACACUGGUGUUCGUCCCCACAAGUGCCCUCACUGCUCCAAGGAAUUUGUCCAAGCGGUAGCCCUGAAGUCUCACCUCUUUAGCCAUACGGGGCAGGACGGCUUCCGCUGCACCGUCUGCGGGAGGCUGUUCGGUCGCAAGACGCGCAUGGAGGAGCAUGUCCGGACAGUGCAUGAGAAGCAGCGCCCUCCUACACACGACAAGUGUGGCAAGACGUUUCCCUGCAGGAAUGAGGUCAUCCACCACCGUGAACUAGGACACAACACAGUUGAGCAUUUUACCUGCGAGCAGGGGGACCGAAAGAAUACUCACAUGAUUGAAGCAGAAACGGAACUCAAAAAUCCAGGCGCCGGCGGAGUCUUUGAGCCAGACGUUUUGGGCAGUUGGACGCUCUCGUCGGACAACUUGAGGGAUUUGUCAGCUGGCGCAGAGCGCACGUGCUGCGAUCAACAGCCUGCUGAACAUCCUUCCCUCGUUUUAGCCGAUGCCAAGCAAGCUUGUGAUCCCUAUCGGGAGGAACCUGCUGGUGCUCAAGAUACCAGCAUCCAGGGAAGCACUGAAUCAUCCUCAUUUACAAAGGUUCAGAAAAGCGAGACUCUGUCUACCUCAGGUUUUAAUACGAGUAGGGAGAACUGGUUGCCUCUGAGAACUGGGAGCCCCAACUUGGCAAAGUGCGCAAGUACCACAAAGAGAACAUCAUCUUCAUUUAUUGAUACCGAGAGCAACAAAACAUUUCAGAAGCAGGUGUCUCAGAUCCUAGCGAAGGAGCAAUUUUGUCAUGAAACCUCAAGCAAGUCAGUGGCUCCCUCGGCAAAAACAAGACGUCUGAAGGAUCGAAGGCAGGAAGAGCUCUGCACUCGUAUUGGAGAGCUGCUUUGUGUUUUGGUGGAAAAACCGAUUCUCACAAAACUUGGUUGGCCAGAAAAGCCCGUGAACGAAGUCUUAGAGGCAGUGAUUCGUCACUGUGGGUGCAGCCCGUCCAAGUACCAAUUCAAGUCUCCUUUGGAAGAGCUCAGGGAGAAUUGCAAAGUGCUUUUUGUCAAUGUGUUGGAGGAUGACGUUGCCGAGGAAUUGCUCAACAACGAAGAGACUGUGGACGCCGUUUUGGACAAGGUCUUGGAACUUGCAAGGUUGUGAUCUUUACACACCUGUAAUGGAUCAUUUUUGUAGCUUUGGUGCUUAGUAAUUCCUUGAAUAUUCUUUUUUUUUUUUUUUAGAGAAAGAGAGCUAUUCAAAAACUUUGUUUUUUUGGGGGGGGGGAAUCUGCUUGGGGAUCCUGUUUCUGCUGUUAAAUUAAUAAGAGCUUGAGAUUACACUAAAUAUGGUGAUAGCCUAUCGUAAAGACAAACCUGAAGCUUAGGUUUGGAAUGCAAUGCAUCAGAUAUGGAGGUUGUCUUUGAGACUGUUUUCUCAUUCUUGUUGUAUGUAUCCAUUUUCGCAAAGUUGUGAGUGUUGAUUUACCACAUUCUCACGUAUGCCACCAUUCCGUUUUUGCCUCGUUGGGUGUAUCUAGAUUGUGCCUCUUUUGCUUCUGAUACUGUUUUUUUUACAAAAACAUGUAUGACUACUGCUGCUUAGUUUGCCAGCCGUUUCCUCUUUGCUGAUCUCUACUUAUAAGGGCCAGUGUCGAGAACUUGUACAUUCCAUACAAAAGGAAUCAUGUUUUUUUCUUUUUUCUUAAAUGCUUUGUUUUGCUUCUUUAGCCAAGCUUGAAGAUUCCAGCCUUGUUAUCUUCUUCAUUCCCGGAGGGUUGCUGUGUUCUGAGUUGCCAGAGGGUCACGUUGCAGUUUAAAGCUUUGGAUCCUUAACCCAUAGGUUUUAUUACGGCACAGAGUGCAUUUCGUGCCUAUGACUAGUCUGCUAAAAACUAGGAACUAGUUUAGAACAUCCCAGAGACAAGUUGCCAAUGGUUUGUGGCGUUCUUUAAUUGAGACUGUCAAACUAGCCUCGACAUUGAAUUCAUUUGCUCUGUUAGCAUAUGGAAAGGGGAACAACGAUUUUGAAAUCUAUAAUUGAAGUUCUUUAUGAUGUUUUUUGCAUUGUGCACAUACUGAUAUGAGAGCAGAAGAUAAUGUGAGCUUCCCCAUGAGGCUGGCUGAAGGUUCUGAGGUGGUCUUUUUGUAAACUUUUUGCAAACAACUUUAAAAAAAAAAAAAAAAAAAAAUUUUUUUUUUUUUAGUUUUGUUUUUUUGUUUUGGUGCUGGGGGACCAAGUUUCAAGGAAAUAUUCUUUACACAGAACAAAUAUACUACGUUUCUACUUACCUUUGUUCCUUGUUUUGUGACCCUCUUUUCUUUUGUGCGCAACUGUUCUUACUCGUGCUGAAGCACAUGUGGCCAUGACAUAUACACCAUCUUCUUUAUUUCUGACCCUGUGAUAAGGGGGAAUAAAAUUCUUUUUUUACUACUUGCAAAAUUCUUAUAUUCUCAAUUGUAGAGUACCUAAAUUGAUCGGA